CAUGAAGCUCCACAGUCUGUGGACCGACGCUGCUCUUCAUCUUCUUCAGCUGCUUCACUUCUGCUGUCAGCUCACAAGCCUUCAGAGGCAAACCUUCCAGAGCCCAGCAGGGGGUCACACUGACAGAUCCAGGACGCAAACGGUUUAGUUUUGGCUCCAGGAGCACGAGGCUCCACCACAUGGCUUACUGUUCCACCUCAGAGAACACCUGAGCUUCAUCUGGGAACUUCAGCCCUCAUCAUUCAUGGAUUAGUCAAACUGUGUCGGCUCACCCACUGACAGGCUGCAGCUGAUCAAUAAUCAAUGAGUACGCGCUCAGAGAGGCUCUUCUCGACUUUAAGGCCAAACUUUAACGGCCACAGGCUCGCGCCGCGUCCAUUCAGCACAAUAACGUCCUGGUCGAUCCUCAGCGCCGCACAGAUGAACUCGAGCGCCCGUCCGUGGUGCCUCCGGACCCGCUCGGCUCGCUCCGGCAUCCCACCGGGCUCGUCAGCCGCUCGGGGUUCGGCUCUGACAGCGGCCGCGACUCGGGUCCAGAGCCAGCAGAGCAGGGACCGGAGCAGGCACAGCGCGAUCAGCAGCGGCGAGGACAGGGACAACAACACGCCCAGCUUCCCGGCACCGGAGGCGGCUCCGUCCAGGGGACCCAUUCAGGUCCACAUCAUAGCAGCCAUGAACGCCUCAGACAGUGACGACGACUCCUAUAACGAGAGGACGGCGCUGGUCCAGUCUGAGAAUCCUGUGGUGCCGUCCUACAGACCAAAUCCUGACAGCCCCCCUGAUGACACAACGUCCAAAAGGUCAGGGGCGAGCAGGAGGGCGAGUCCGGCUGCUGUGGAUGGCAGCGGAGGAGGCGGCUCAGACCAGGAGGUGGACGCAGAUGAUGAGGAGCUGACUCUGAAGUAUGGAGCCAAGCACGUCAUCAUGCUGUUCAUCCCCGUCACCCUUUGCAUGGCGGUGGUGAUCGCCACCAUCAAGUCCGUCAGCUUCUACACCGAGAAGACCGACCAGCAGCUCAUCUACACUCCAUUCACCGAGAACACUCCGUCUGUGGGGCGUCGGCUCCUCAACUCUGUCCUCAACACCAUCAUCAUGAUCAGCGUCAUCGUGGUCAUGACCAUCUUCCUGGUCAUCCUCUACAAGUACCGCUGCUACAAGUUCAUCCACGGUUGGCUCAUCCUGUCCUCCCUCAUGCUGCUCUUCUGGUUCAGCUUCAUGUACCUGGGCGAGGUGUUUAAGACGUACAACCUGGCGGUGGACUACCCAACGGUGGGGGUGAUCAUCUGGAACUUUGGGGCAGUGGGGAUGAUCUGUAUCCAUUGGAAGGGUCCCCUCCAGCUGCAGCAGGCUUACCUGAUCCUCAUCAGCGCCCUCAUGGCCCUCGUCUUCAUCAAAUACCUGCCCGAGUGGUCGGCCUGGGUCAUCCUGGGAGCCAUCUCCAUCUAUGACCUGGUGGCCGUCCUGUCGCCCAAAGGUCCUCUCAGGAUGCUGGUGGAGACGGCUCAGGAACGCAACGAGCCAAUCUUCCCUGCCCUCAUCUACUCCUCUGCCAUGGUGUGGACGGUGGGGAUGGCGAGCCCGAUGGACGCUCAGCGCUCCGGACACGAAACAGAUGAGGAGGCAGAGCAGAGCGGCAGGGAGGCGGAGCCUGAAGGUCAGCGGUGCCGGACGUUUCCAGAAGACGACCUGGAGGAGGACAGGGGCGUGAAGCUCGGCCUCGGCGAUUUCAUCUUCUACAGCGUUCUGGUCGGAAAAGCUGCAGCGACCGGUGGAGACUGGAACACCACAAUCGCCUGCUUUGUCGCCAUUCUUAUCGGUCUGUGCCUCACUCUGCUGCUGUUGGCCAUCUUUAAGAAGGCCCUGCCGGCGCUGCCCAUCUCCAUCACCUUCGGCCUGGUCUUCUACUUCUCCACGGACUUCCUGGUUCAGCCCUUCAUGGACAGCCUGGCUGCUAACCAGUUUUACAUCUGACAGAAAGCCACGCCCCCUCCUCUCCCUCAUCCUUUUCCUUCUCAUCCCGCGGGCCGCUGCCAUCUCAUGAUGUAGGACACAAAGGCUGAGCAGGUAUUCUACCUGUCUUUAAGUCUGUUUAGGGAACGUGAUGCGUUAACACAGGAAGUGAUGUAAAACCAACUGGAAGCUGUUAGAUGGUGAUGGUGGCAGAAGGUUACCUGUUUUUCUGCUCAGGUGUGUUUCUGAUCCCCUGCUGAUUGUAAAUGUAGAGUCUCAGUUCCUGAUUGGCUGAUGCUCCUGACCGCCAAAGCCAACCAACAUUCCUGUUUUUACUCACUCUGGUUGUGAUGGGAGGAAGUCUGGGGAUUUAAGGUUGUCACUGAUCUCAUGCAGCAUGUUUUCACUCGCUUCAUUUCCUGGUUUGUCUUUUACCUUCCUGUCGGUGUUGCUGGCUUUGCGAAGAGUCAAAAGUCUCAGUCCUGAUUGUCUAACACCACUGGCCUGUGAAAAGAUGGCCGAUGCAUCUCCACUUCCUCCCACUGUUUUGGUUCCUUUUUAUAGCAUCAAAUAGCAAAUUAAAACCAAACUGACCAGAGAAACGAACACUUGAACAAACAUCAGGGUGAUAAGAUCUUCCUAAAAUGGUUGUUGUGUAUUUUGAGUUUUCCAACAUGGAGGGGGAGGAGCUUAUGAGCUGUUCUGCAGCCAGCCACCAGGGGGCGUCCACAUGUUUGGGCUUCCCUUUGGGGAGCUCUCAGGUCAUCCAUCUUUAGAUACAGUCAGUGUUUCACACAAAUCCACAUUACUGAGGGGGUCAUGUGACCUGUCAGCAGAUAUAGUGGUUGGUUAGCUACAGAGUUAGCUAGCUCAAUUAGCCUACCUAUCACAACAGCAGCUUUGUGUCUGCAGAUUAUUAACUUUCAACACCAAACCAGCUGAUAUUGAUUUGUUGGUCUGCUGAUUCCUAAACUUUACAACUAUUAUUAUUAACAUGUUCUUAAUAGUCCAAACACACAACAGGUACAAAAUGACAACACGUAAUCCUGCAAAGUAGCUGGAAAGGAUGCCAGUUAGACAAAGUUCACAAUAUUGACGUCUCAGGAAGAUGAAGAAAUGAUUUUAUGAGAAGCAAACGUCUGCUGUUCUGAUGUUUGUAUUUAUCAGAAAACACCACCUGAGAUCUGAUGGCGUAACUGACCUCAGAUAGUAAAACUGGUCACAUGUUGAUCCUGUAAAGCUGAUCCACGCAUUUCCCACUUCCUGUGUAGACGAGGUUAGAGGACAAGAUGGACUGAACGCAUUUUCAAAGCCAGUCAGUCAACACGUUUAAUGUUUCAUAGUAUCUGAAGGUGGAUGUUUUAAACCAAGACUCAGGUUUCAUUAAAUUCAGUUUAAACACACUCAUCAUCACUUCAGAACCAGAUUUCCCCAUCACAGUGACGUCAGCAGGUCCGAUCGGGUUUGGACAAACUGAGCCCAAAAUGUUCUGAACCGCCUUUGCUGGCUCCAGCUUCUCAAACAGGAAGUCUUGACGCUUUUCUUAUGCUAGUGAAUUAAAUGUCCUGUAAAACAAACACGUGGAGUCCUCAGUAACAGGAAGUUCAAACUAUUCUGACAUUUUAUAAACAAAAUACACACUUUAUUGUUGGAAUAUUAUGUGAAAAACAUUACGUCUAUUAUUUUUCUUUUCGAUGUAAAUCACAAGUGUUCUCUUUGGGAUUAGAUUUUUUAAAUAUUCCAACAUUUCUAUGAAUAUCUUGACUUUGUUCUCAAAAUUUGUUUUUAACAGCAACUUUAAUUUUACUGGAAGCAACAAAACAGUUGCGUGAUGAAAAAGGUGAACGAGCAGAAAACAUUAAAAACACGGCAGACCGUCGUCUUGUACAAAGUGAUUCAGCUGUCGUAUUUGACUUUUUGAAGGUUUUAUUUCAUCGUUCUGUGCAAUAAAGUUAAACUGUCAAACUGCUGUAAAAAACUGAAGAAUUAAAAACGAUUCUGAUCGGC